AUGUUGCGCUUCGAGAUGCGCGGGUUUAGUGGGUACGCUGUGCAGUACUCCCCCUUCCUCGAUAGUAGGCUCGCGGUCGCUACGGGCACGAAUUACGGAUUAAUCGGGAACGGUAAACUAUGGAUAUUGGAUAUCUCUCCAGAGGGCCAAAUGGUAACUCGAAGGGAUUAUCUAACACAGGAUUGUCUCUUUGAUUUAGCAUGGAGCGAACUCAAUGAAAACCAGUGUCUUGUGGCGCAAGGAGAUGGCAGCCUACGACUUUUCGAUACAACCCUGGAUAAGUACCCUGUCGCGGUGUAUCAGGAGCACAGAGACGAGGUAGCAAGCUGUAACUGGUCGCUUAUCGGGAGAAACACUUUUGUCUCCAGUGGAUGGGAUGGGCUGGUGAAGGUAUGGAGCGUCGGUAGACCCAACAGUGUUAUGACAUUGAAACCAAGAACGAGGUCCAACACAGCGGUGCUCGACCGACCGAACGGUACAGGUACCACCAAUGGGAAAGAUUGUGUAUACCAGGCAAAGUUUUCGCCGCAUGACGAUUCGUUAAUGGUUUGCUGCUCAGGGGACUCGACGGUGUCCCUUUUUGAUCUAAGAGCAUCUCAGCCAGGUCAAGGCCCGACGCACCAAUUCAUGGCACACAGUGGAUCAGAAACCCUCAGCGUAGACUUCAAUAAGUACAGAACUAAUGUUAUAGCUACCGGGGGAGUCGAUAACAAGAUUAAGAUCUGGGACUUACGAAUGCUCAGAACAGGGCCCCUUUCGAUUCGGGGAAAGUGGCCUGAGGGCCCAAGAGGGGCCAAGCAAGUGCAGUGCACUAACGAAAUCGUCGGUGGUCACGAGUUGGCUGUCAGAAAGGUCAAUUGGUCCCCGCACUCGAGCAAUUACUUACUCUCCACAUCAUAUGACAUGACAUGUUGCAUAUGGCAAGAUAUGGGCUAUGCUACGGACCGCACCAGAGGCAACAAUAGUGGGUACGGCGUAACUACGGGGAGAACAAAUGCGAGUGACCUGCGCAAUGGGCUCGUGUCAAGAUUCACCGCUCAUACAGAGUUUGUAUUCGACGGAGACUGGUCGCUCUGGGGUGCGCCAGGGUUUGUGGCGACUACCGGCUGGGAUGGGAACGUGUUCGUGUGGAAAGGCACUCCCUAA